AUGAUGACCACAAAGAUCACGCUGACUGUCGGUGAGUCUGUUUUCUCAUAGCAACAAUAUUUGGGUCAUUCUCGGAUGCUGAACCAGCACUUCCACAUCCUCUGUAAUCAAACUUGUAGGCAGUUUUUAACCAGGAACUACACACUACAAAUAUCCUUACAUACAUUAAAUCUUGAUCAUAAUUGUAAGCAGCUUAUUUAUUUGUAUAUUUGAAUGUAUAAUUGACAACUUACUAGAAUCAUGAUGCUUCAAAUUCAAAACCUGAGUCAGUGUUUAUUUCAGUAGCGAUACAACAAGUGAAAUUCAAAUAAUCUUGUCACACACGAUCAUUGUGUGAUCAUUUACAAUUCUUUAUGAAUUUUGCUCUUUGAAAAAAUCUAAAUUUUGUAUGCUCCUGUGAAGUGUUUUAAUCUGAUUAUGAGAUAAACUAAGCUGACAUAACAUCCUAACAUCAGUUUUAAAUUUUAGUAUCAGUCUAGUGUUUGGUCCAAAUUGAAGGUUUCCAACUGAGGAUCCCAGCUUAGCAGGUGGGGUAUAUAGGUGGGAGAAAGGCCAGAAGAGCUCAAUUCAGCUGCAGAAAGUUUCUAAAAUUCCAGUUCUUAAUAUCAGACACAGUUGUUACCAGGAUUAUAAAGUUUAACUGACAGCAACAGCUAAGUAUCAUCUGCUUAGAUAUUAAAUAAAACAUCAUGCUUAUCUAUGAUAUGCAGUAGACCGAGGCACACCAGACUUCAUAUCACAUUUACAUUAACAAUAUGCAAUAACAGCAGUGGAACAAAAUUUUCUGUGCAAUUACAAUGUUAAAAAAUCCCAGAGCAAGAGAACAUUACCUUUUAUUAUUUCAACAAUGUCUUCUUUCAUAUCUAUGAGGGUUUUAGUUUCUAAAUAACAGUAAAUCAUAUUUAUAUAUUCAUACAAGCACACAAAGUAGUAAGCUUUUACAACACACUUGCUGUAAAGACUCUGACAUAGGUGAAUUUAUGUUCAAAAUGGUGAAGGAUGAAGCAAAAAAAUCUUAUCUAGCCCCUCCUUUUAAAUCAGAGGGGCAUAUAGUAUACAUUUAAACCCUCUGUUUACUGUUUUAAAGCUUUAUCCUCUUUGUGAAGACACAGUUCAAUCUCAGAUUUGUUCUCACUGCUGGUUAAAAACAACAACUCAUAAGAUUGGCUCAGUAAAAACUAUCACACACAACAGUUGGGGGUGGUUGGGUGGGUGGGGGACCAGAAUACUGCUUAUGUAGAGUUGAAAAACACAAAGCACAGUUCAACUUUUAUUUUAUUUUUUUAAAUAAUCAUAUCUUUAUUUGGGGAAUAUAUCAAAGGAUCUACAUAACAGGGACAGAUAUUUAUUUAAGAUCCUCAUGGUAGCAAGUAAAAAAGCGAUAACCAGAUGCUGGCUUUUUAGAGAACCUCCCACCCUGAACCUAUGGAAAAAUAUAAUGAAUGACAUCUACAAUAUGGAAUGUUUAACUUUCACUUUGAGAUUACAAAAGGGGAAAGAUUACUGGGCCAAAUGGGUUACAUACCUGAUUUCAGCUGAUGCAGAGGGAGAGAGUUGAAAUUGUUGUAGAUUGUGAACAAAAGUUUAUCAGUCUGUGGCAAGCUCGUAUUGCUCAAUGUGACCGAAUGUUUGUAUAUGAUCUCUUGUUUGUGUUAUGAAAAGAAAAAAAAAGUUAAAAAAAAAUAAUAAUAAUAAUAAACAUACCCUCUAUUUUUGCUGGCAUAUUAAAGAAACAAAAAGGAACCACAAAAGAGAGACAACAGUCUAACUGAGACUUUUAAGCUUACAUUGUCUUUGUGUUUUACAGCUCUGGCAGCUGGACUCUUCCUGCUCUCUGUUUCUGGUGAGAAGUCAAACCACACUGAGAACACACUCGUCAGUUUAUCUCUGAAAUGCUCUGAACUGUCUCAUUUAAACUUUUUAUUGAGACUUAAUGUUGAAACUACUCAGAAUAUCCACAUAGAUUAAAUCAAUCCUUGCACAAUUUCCCCAACCUUACAUUUGUUUUUGAACAUCUUAAACUUGGAUUGAAAGAGUCAAUUGUAUCCUGUUGAUGGUGUGCUCUUUGCUAAUUAAAGAUGCUUUCCUAACUUGAGUGGCCAUCACAUUAUCUCACUUAUGGCCUCCCAAUCUGAUUUAAUUUCUUUAACAAAGAUGUCAUGGGUGGAUUAUUGGACAUUUACUGUGCAUCUUCUCUGUCACUCAAAAUACAACCAUGCAGGUAACUUGGUUGUACUGGAAGUAGAAAUCCCUUCUUCCUCUACUUCUUUGAUAUUUUUCUUCAUAAACUUUUUCUCAUGUAAAUCAGUGAGAAAGACACAAGCAGCCACAGUUUAACAUUAGAUGUUUGCUGUUUAAUGUCUCUUUUACAGUUAACAGCCCUGUGUCAAAACUCUAAUUCAUCCUGGUUUAGAGAGAGCUUUUUAAUUGCUUCUUUGUAGUAUGGUUAACUCUAGCAUGCCUGUCCUGGGGUGUUUCUUUGACUUCAGGACUCGGGGGGCCGAGUCUGGACCCUUGACUAACAACUUCAAGAGCAAAAUGACUAAUUAAAAAAAAAUUGACGCCGAAAAGCUCUCAGUAAUUCCACCUUUUUCUCCACUUCCUGAAACCAACAUUGCGCAGUAGCGUUGUAUGCACUCCACCACUUGCGCAGUAGCAUUGUACACAUUUGGUGGGAGAGUGGCUGAGAGUCGCUGUGAUGACGCUCGGCUCAAACAGUGUAUCCCCCGGAGGACUUGAGCACAAACCAGUCUUACAGUAACUAAAUGUCAACAUUGCAAGCAGGGGGGAAAGAAAAUUAUAUUCUGUGUAAUAACACACACACACACACACACACACACACACACACACACACACACACACACACACACACAGUGCAUCAUAAUAAGCAGAUCUGCUGAUGUGUGCUUUAAACUGCAACUUAAAUUGCUGUUCCGUGUGUUCAGAUGUCAGAGCAAACCCUGUGGCUGACAAGAGGUGAGUUUGAGAACUUUUCUCCACAUCUGAAAUUCAAAAAUUUCAUUUUUUUAAUGUAAAUUUGUUAGAAACUUUUUAUUUUAAAGCCUAGUUUGAUAACUAUCAGUCUUGUGCCUCCUGCUUACCCCCUCCUGUAACUCUUGCUUUAGUGCUGAUAUGCCUCCCUCUGGUUUCGGAGGAUCAAUGCCACUGGAGGAACCUGAGGUAUGACCGGUCAAAUCUCAUGGUGAAGUCAUGGUGGUUAUUUCAGACUGAUGUUGGGUUGGACCAGCCAUCUGCUGAGGCUCAACUGUGUGUUCUUGUUGUUUCAGCCCAUGACAGAGGAGGAAAUGUUGCAACUGCUGGUGGACUGCGCAGUUGCUCGGCUGAAAGGGUACAAACUCACUAAAAACUCACUUAAAACUCAGUAAAACACCUCUGAUACAGUAGGCGUUCCUAGCUUCCUCUCAGGUAAUUAAUUAAGGGUCUUUUCCUGAUUGUCCUGUCACAUCACAUACCAAAACAAUUCACAAAUUAGUUAGCGAGAGGCCAGUUUGAGUCUGACUGAGCCGUAUAUAUGGCAAAGAAACCCAAUCCCCAACCACAUUACUUCGAGAUGUUAGUCUGCCUACAAGUUAGUAAGUAAGUAAGUAAACUUUAUUUAUAUAGCACCUUUCACAGACAAAAAGUCACAAAGUGCUUCACAUAAACAAAAAGUAACAAUGAACAUACAAAUUUAACAGGCCAAGACAACAACAUUAACAAUCAUAGGAGCCCCAAAACAACUAAACAAAAGCCUGAGCAAAUAAAUAUGUCUGGAGUUGGCUUUUAAAGAAGUCAACAGAGUCUAUUAAAGAGAGAGAGGAAGAUCGUUCUAAAGCCUGGGAGCAACAGAUCCUAUAGGACACAAGCAGCCAAUGUAGAGCUUUAAGAAUAGGGGAGGUCAGAAUGUUCGGGGCAGAGUUUUGCAUUAAUUGCAGACGAGACAGCUCCUUUUUGUGCAAAAACAUCAGUGAUAGUAGAUCAGCUGCAUCAUGCCCACUAAUAGCACGUGCAAAUUUUUAGUUUGCACACGCAAUUUAGCCCUCCUUAUGUGGGACCUUUGUGGAUCAGGCCCUUAAACCACAAAGCCAACAGUGCACUUGAGGCCCAUUUUUAUUUCUUCAUUUUAAGGAGACUUUAUGUUACUUAUGUUUGCUUCUCUUUAUCUCAGUCUUGGACUCCCACAAAGAAGCUUUAACUGCUCUUAAACUGGUGUCUGUGAAACCCUAAUUUCAGCUCUGUUCAUCCUCUGACUGAAACUCUUUGUUUUGGCUGCUUUACACAGAUAGAAAGUGAGACACAGUUUGUGGGUGCUACUUUUUACUUUGUAAAGUUGUGCCUCUAGCUCCAUGUUGAAUGUUUGCAAUAGUAAUAUUCAGCUUGUGUCUCUGUGCUUCAGAUCUGUAGAGAUGAACAGCUCCAGAUUUCAGUAACAGCUGGGGCACUUCUCCAGUCCAUACUGGCCUUUGUUUACAAAUGAAUCAUCAGUGAAGUGGCAAGCACAAACUGCUCUGACUAAUAUCUCCCCAUUGUUUUCUGGAGCCUUUGUCUUUGGGAAGAAAAAAUAGCCAAGACCUUUAUGCACAACCAAACGAAGACUUAGAAAGACUUUCAAGAGACAGACUAAACCAACAAAGAGCAGAGAGGAGGGAAACCUGAGGACUUUCCAGCUCCAGGGUGACAGAGCUGUCAAGUGGGCCUCCAACAUUGCAGAGCUUGAGACUAAGUUCAGUCCAAGUCUUGCAAACAGAUGCCAGAAAACACAUCCUGAAGUUAGGUCCACACCCACAUAUGUUUUGAUACUUUGGCACAGUGUGGUACAUAAAUCCAUCUUUGUGAUAGUUCAUGAAACACCAACAACUUCACAGCUCUGUAACUUUGCAGAGACAACAUGACAGCCUCAUCUAUUUAACAUCCAGUCUUCUCCUGUCAGGGUUUUUUUUUCCUUGCUGGUUUCCUACUGCACAUUUAUGCUGUUUAGUAUCUAUAACAAAGCACCAUGUGUGAACUUGGUAGCAUGCUCCUAAAGCUUUGAUUAGGCUCUAUCGAGGUGUGUACAUAUAGAAAAAAUUGAUUACCAAUCUUGUUAUCUUGAUGUGUUCAUACUACUACAAGAAAUUUGAUGUAGUGUGAUUUUGGUGACUAAUAUGCAGUCACUUAUAUACAUGUACUUCAAAAGGACUUUUUUAGCUAUACUAACCAAAUUAUUUCAGUUUUUUGUGUUUGAGUUUUUGUGCCUUUAAAGCUAACAAACCCACACUUGGAUUACAUCCAACAGAAUUAAAAGUAAAAGCCUGACAGUCAGUCUGAUCUCCAGUAGCAGGAUCAACAGUUCAGGGAUCUUGUUUUUUUUGUUGGAUAGUUGGACAUCUUUGCUCUAAAGUUGAUGUGAUUCUGUGUUUUUUCUUAGAUUAACUCGAUUAACACUCACUCUCCUGCUUUCUUUUUUGUUGCAGGGCACACUUGACUGACCAUCAGAUGUACCAAAUCAAGACUGCAUUGGUAAUCAGUCUUUUCCUUAUUUUAUACCCCAUUACACUUAUUUUUGCCAUCAGUAUGUUUGCAUGGACCAUGCAUUAUUUGAAUAAAUCCUAUAUAAUCCUAAUAAAGCCUAUCUGGAUAAAAAAUGUUGCAUAUAGACAUGUGAAUCUCAGAAGCUGAUCUGAUCCAGAGCAUUUUCUGAAUCUUCAUUAGGAUGAGAAAAAACUGUGUAGCUACACCCUGAUGAUCUUAACACAAACACAGUUACUUCCAAUCCAUGUUAUUUAAGUGUUGAUGAAGUUUUCCUCAUCAGGUGUGCUCAUGUUGUUACAGAAUCACGUUUCAGAGGCAGAGGCACAACACUUAGCUGCUGAACAGGCUGCCAAGGUAUGACGUGAUGUAUUAUAUUUAUUAUCAAAGUGAUUAGUCACAGCUGCACGCAUGUGGAUGGGUAGGAGAACACGAAGAACAUGUAGUGUCUUUUCUUAUGAAUUCACAGCUUUUUGCAUCCUUAUGUGAAACAGUUUGCCUUAAUUUUUAAUUGUUUUUUUUUUACUUUCAGCCUGAACAACUUGCAUCCCAGGUUUUGUCCUUUUUGCUGGAACAGUGCGUGAUGGAGGAUCUUGGCGUGGAGAUGGGGUAUGAAUCAAGGAUAUAAUCCUUCUUUUCUGAGUUCCGGACAAUUUAUGUAGCAUCUGUCAAACUGUUCAAAGAAAGCUUGUGGUUCAAAAGUAAGAUUUAUUAUCCCGCAACCAGAUUUAGGUUUAAAAUGAAGAAAGUUGGUGUUAUGGAUUAAGAGGUGACCUUGUUUGUUGAAUCUGCCAGUGGUGGCUGAAUACUAAUGUUGGCUAUGUCCUGUUGUUAACUCAUGAGCGGUCAAACAUGUCUGUUUAACUUGAACAUGGCUCAUACACAGUUUUAGGAAGCUGACCCCAGAACAGAUCAUGGACUUUGUAUGGACUCACUAUAGCUCAAGUGUUUUUUUUUUUAAUCUUCAACCACAAAGCAUCACGGGGACUUUAGUUUUGAAAUCUAAAGCAUAAGCACUUACUUAAUAAAAGUUGCAAGACUAGAAGAAAAAAGGAAACACUACAGAUUUUUAAGAAAAUAUAACUUCUCAUUUUAAGUCAAGUUUAAAUGCAACAAGACUUUUCUCUAUCUGUCCAUCCAUUCAUGAGCAUUGGCCCCACUAAACUAAAAAUUCAUCAGUUAACGGCGGAUUGGUUUUGGAGAUUGUUCAAAUAAGUGUAAUGGUUGUUUAGUGGAAUAACUAACCCUGAAAAUGACCAUUUGUGUAUCCCUGGCUAAUACAGUCUCCUAACCUGUUGAGUCAGUGAAUAGAAAAAUCUGGUAUUGAAGCAGAAAAAAAUGUUGCUAUUCAUCACUAUUAGUCACUAAACAAAAAUACAGAUAAGCCCAUCACAAAAGGGAAAUGCCAGUUGGAUUUAAGAAUGUCAAUAUUGAAUUAAGUUUGUUCUUUUCUUUUCCUUCUAGUCCUCAUGCUCAUGUUCAUGUGUAA